AUGAAAGUAAAACGUCACGCAGGAAUGGGUCUAGCAUCAUGUCGUAGACGGAGUAAAAGAAAAUAUAUCCGCAGAACAUCGGGUAUUAUGAAAGUCAAACGUCGUAUAGGUAUGGGAGGACAUGCAUCACGGCGUGGACCUAAAGGAAGAAAAGCUAUCCCUAGAAAAUCAAGUAGAUCACAGAAAAAGGUACACUUUGGAUCGGGGAUAGUGAAUAAAGUAUGCAAACACAUGAAAAGGUUCUCAAACUGUAAACCAGCCAAGAGAGUAUUAUCAAAGGCGACUUCCGCUGCAUUACUUGCUGCCCGGAAGCAUAUCAGAUCCAUAGGUGGAAAACGGCUGAUUCAGCUUCCACGAGUUAUACCUAUUCCCAAGGGUGGAGGCAUCCUUCCUUUGAUACCAAUUUUUGCCGGUCUUUCAGCAUUAGGUGGUCUAGCUGGGGGUAUUGCCAACAUAACAAGAGCUGCUAAAACAGCUAGUUCAGUGCGUGAGCAAAUUCAAAAUAAAAGUACUUCACCACCUUCUUCUAACGUGAAUCGAAUUGGGGAUGGUCUCUUUCUGAAACCAUACCGUUCAUCAGGUUAA